AGAGGAAGAUAGGAGAGAUAAGGUUUAUUGCUCUAUAAUGGAGUGGUGUUCAGAUUAAAUAAACGAACGCAUUAUUGGGCGGAGAGUUCGAGGAGAGGUCUACAUGCCCGUGCUCCACGGUCCGGUCUGAGCAGAGCGCACAGUUGUGUGUGAACGUUUCUGUGAGAGAGCUUGUGUGUGUGUGUGUUCAGAACUACAUAAAACACCCUGCUCCGGGAAAUCAAAUUAAUGUCUGUGAUUUCCUGUCCUCUGGCGGACAAGAUGUGAGUGAAACGGAAAUCGAUCGGGGAGGAACCUCGCGGGAGCAGGAUUUAUACAAUCUGUUAACCCUCGCGCUGCUCCUGUCCCACGCGGGGACACCGUUGAAGGACGGGAGAACGUUUUCCCCCUACUAUAUUAGGGUACUAACUUAUCAUUCUCCCGCACUGUCGACCAAGAUGAGGAAAAGAGAAGAGAGAGGAGCAUAAACGUUUCCCAAACCGAGAGAACUGAGUGACCGGGGCGACCGGGGCCAGGGCUCCUUGCUGAUCCGGUGUAAAUAUGACGUCUCUGUUCGGUUCUGCUCGCGCUCUGAACGCUGUUCUGAUCAAAGACAACCCGGGAUAAUAGAUAAAUACUCCAUGGACCUCGACACACACAAACACACACACCACAGUGCGCGCGGCACAGCACAAGCCAGAAUGACAGCGCGAGCAGCAGCGGAGGAGCUCACCACAGACGGGCCAACAGACUUCUUCACCAGCAUGAGAUGAGGUCUAGAGAGUUGUUAAUAAAGUUGUAUCAGUCAUUAAUCUAUCUACCUACUCUACCACGGCCGCUCUGUCGGCACCUUCAGCAGAGGAGCACCAGAUAUAAGACAGCGCACCGUGCUGGGAACUACUACACUUGUGGAAAGAGGACGCACGGCGCACUCCUGUCAGGGGAAAGUUGUGCGGAGCACUCGAGCUGGGGGAUACCUAUUUGGAGAGGGACAGACGAAGCACGGCGAGGACAACAAGCUGUGUUGUGUGUAUUGGAGUGUGUCAGUGUGUCUAGUUGGAGUGUGUAUUGUAGUGUGUGUGUGUGUGUGUGUGUGUGGCUGAAGCGAUUAAAAGGUGUUUAAUCCUGGAACACGCAGCAGCAGGUCGGCUUCUGUUCACCUGGAACCCGCGAGUCAACAACACAAUUCAGGGUCGUGCGAGGUGACUCUGCGAGGGGAAAGCGUGCUCCCGGGGGUAGGAGCGAUGAGCACGCUGCGUGUCCCCGUCCUGCUGGCGCUGCUGGUCCUACUGCUGACCGCUGGCUUCUACAAACAGAGCUCCGUGGACGUGAGCCUGGGGGCGAGCACAGGGGCGGGCACGGACGGACACAACCUCCUGGAGAUCAUCAUGGACAAGGUGCGUCAGGCUCGGCAGCAGCAGCAGGACGAGGUACAGGUGCUCUACCCCGCCAAAAAUCACGAGUUCACCUUGGAGACCAAGGAGAGGAAUGAAGUGAACAAGUCUCACCAUGGAGAACACAUCAUAGAGGUGUUCCCAAGAGACCUGAGACAGAAAGAAAAGUUCCUCAAACACCUAACAGGGCCUCUAUACUUUAACCCAAAGUGUAGGAAACACUUCUAUAGACUAUACCACAACACCAGAGACUGCACCAUACCUGCCUACUAUAAGAGGUGCGCCCGUCUUCUCACCCGACUAGCAGGCAGUCAGAGAUGUACAGAGAGGUAGAAUACCCUGAGCCCAUAAAAGAGAGAAGUGCCUUGGAAAGCGCAACAGGGAAUUGAGAUGAACUGAGAGAUGGCUGUCUAUUUGUGUCAUGGAGAUUGUUGGUUAUAUGUUCGCUCCACAGACUGCCACUGUUUGCAGAGAGCUUACACGUACUCUACUCUACAUUCUAAAUGGUGAAAAUGAAGAUGAUAGUUCUACUGCCAAAAACCAUGACGACACAACACGUGGAUGCUAGUUUACGACACUUGGAUUAUAUAUUCAAAACGACAUGCCACUCUGUGGAACUGCUUCAAUGGUCAUCGACAUGCCUUCACGUUUUUAAUUUUAUUUUUAUUUUUUCAUCAAUUUGCUUUGGACUUUGGUUGGACUAUGGUUGGAGGUUGGACGGUGUAUCUGAGCUGUGGUUGUUGUAUGUUGUGGGCAGUGGUUGCAGACAGAACUAUAGACAGUAGUCUCGAUAAUAUCUUCAGCUACAUUCCACAAAAGUGAACUAAUCUCUGAUAGAAUGACUGACUGGUAGCCUGGUGGUAAUCUCUGAUAGAAUGACUGACUGGUAGCCUGGUUGUAAUCUAAUCCCUGAUAGAAUGACUGACUGGUAGCCUGGUGGUAAUCUAAUCCCUGAUAGAAUGACUGACUGGUAGCCUGGUGGUAAUCUAAUCCCUGAUAGAAUGACUGACUGGUAGCCUGGUGGUAAUCUAAUCCCUGAUAGAAUGACUGACUGGUAGCCUGGUGGUAAUCUAAUCCCUGAUAGAAUGACUGACUGGUAGCCUGGUGGUAAUCCCUGAUAGAAUGACUGACUGGUAGCCUGGUGGUAAUCUAAUCCCUGAUAGAAUGACUGACUGGUAGCCUGGUGGUAAUCUAAUCCCUGAUAGAAUGACUGCAGCAGGUAAACUCCACCAUUUUGGACAUUACGGACACUGCAUUAAUUCAAUUCUGGUAACGUUCCCCAAAUUCCUGGUUGGAAGAUUGCUGGAACAAGCAGGAAAUCUGCGAUUCAUCCAACCAGUUACCAGAAUUUUGCAACCCCAAUGAGGACCAAUCAGAAUUCACUGCCUAUUCUCUAAAUAGUGCACUACUGACUAAACCUACUGCAUGUGGCUCUGGUGCAAAGUAGAGAAUAGGGUGUAAUUUGGGACUCAAAUCAGUUCGCAACUUAGUCUCUUGAAAUAAUCCUAAAGAAGCGAUCAUGGCCACCACAGCUCACACCCUGAGAGAGAAACCAACUGUCUGAACAUGAAUGUGUCACAUGUCAUAUUAUACUAUAUAUAUUUAUAUAUUCAACCAAUUGUCUCUUUGCACAUUGUGUGUAUAGCUACCCUCUAGU